AUGAAGAGGUGUAUAAGCAGGGUCCUUGCACCUUCAGGGCGCUUAUAUUCGACCCUUAAAUCUACAACAACCCCCACCUCCAUCCAUCCGCCGAACCCAAACAAGCGCGGCCUACAAGACCUGACGAUUUCAGAUCUCUGUUAUUACUGGGAUACCAAACCACCUACUUCAGAGCAGCUUGCCUUUGCAGACAACUUAUUCGUACCCUCGCGUCACUCCCCUUUGAAACUAUGGUCCGCGGCCAAGUUUCGCACAACUCCGAUAACUUCAAUCGAGCCAGAAGUCGCAUUUCUCGGCCGUUCCAAUGUCGGCAAGAGCUCGUUACUGAACGCUAUCAUGGGUCAGGAGAUCUGUUGGACAUCCUCAAAACCUGGCCGGACAAGAGAGAUGAACGCAUUUGGUAUUGGAGGCACGAAAGGUGGUGAACACAAAGUGGUGCUUUUGGAUAUGCCCGGAUAUGGAAAAGCUAGUCGAGCAGAAUGGGGAAUGGAGAUUAUGAAAUAUCUCCAAGGACGUAAGCAACUCCGGCGUGCCUUCAUCCUCAUCGACAGCGAACACGGAAUCAAAAAGAACGACGCCGAGAUCCUCCAGCUCUUCCGACACUACGCUAUCCCACAUCAAAUAAUCCUUUCGAAAGUCGAUAAAGUCCUUGCCAAAACAAAGAAGCAGGUCAAGUCUGGCGCUUCGGCUGUGAGCGUACAGCGGCUUCAGAAAAUGCUGGAAGAAAUGCGGCCACAGGUCCAACCUGACGUGCGCGUUUCAGAAGGGCCUGGUGCUUUGGGCGAGCUGGUCACCUGCAGUGCAGACAUUUCUAUUGGCGGUGGCCAGUUUCUAGGUGUUAACGCUGUGCGUUGGGCAAUCCUGUCCGCAGCGGGUAUUGAUGGGAGCUUACAAGGCGGGCAGCCGGUUCCUAAACCCCCUGUGGCAACACCUGAAACGCCUUGA